GAGCACACAGGGUUUUUAUAUAAAGCUUUACAUGAAGAACAGAGCAGAAACAAAACACAUCUUCUGUCUUUUGAGAGAAAUUAGAUGGCGAGAACUAGACACCUCUUUCAACUUCGAAUGUUCUUGAUUUUGGCUGUUCUGUCUCUUAUGAUAUUAUUGAAGCCUGUGCUAAUCACUGCAAGAACCGAGAUAUCGACAGAUUGUGAAAACAAGGGACAAGAAUUACAUCAGUUUAGUCACCUGAGACGAAUUGAAUCCUAUGCUAAGAGAAGAACGAAGACACGGAGGUUGAUGAACGUUGAGGAGCUUAACGAUUAUCCAGGAUCAGGUGCUAACAACCGCCACACUCCUCGACCUUAAUGUCCUAGUUGCUAAUUCUAGCAUCUUGUAAUUUAGAGCACCUUGAAUAUUGUAAUAAUCACCUUUUAUGAUAUUUAUCAAGAUUUAACAUGAUGGAAUCUUAAUCUAAAUGGCUAUAUGUGAUGAUAUCAAAUAAGUAUUUGGUAAGACACGAACUU